UCUGCGGGCGAAAUCCCUAAUUUUGUCUUUAACUGUAGGCGGUAACUUGGAUGUCGCUGGAGACGGAUCCUCCAGAGGCUCAUCGCGCCUUCCACUCCGUCCUCCGACGUGUUUUCCUGCCCGCUCUGGAAGGCGAAAAGAAAGAAGGAAAUUUCAAAAGUAUGGUGAUGUACGCUCUGAGGUGUUUGGCCGACUCUCUGCAAGCGGCCGAAGAGAGUUGCCGACGAUUCGAAGUCUUACGGAAUGUGGCGGGAGAUCUUCGUUUUCCUCCCGUCCUUGCAGAUCGGCAUCGGUCCUCCCCAAACGGUUUUCUGGCCGUCUGGACGCGAAUGGCCGAGACGCUUCUAGCGGAGAGCGACGAGAUCGUCCGAUUGUCCUCCCCGACGGAUCCCGCCUCCGAGUUGUUGGCCUGGAAACGUCGAUGGAUGAAUUUAGUUCACCUGACCCAUCGAAUUGGCCGAGACGACUUCCGCGCCCGACUUCUCCGCUCCAAAGCUUCCGGUUCCGAAUCCUUUCGGGUAAGUAUCCGGUCAAAUUUCUUCAUUUCUCUCGAUUUUCCGUCGGCGUUUACCUUCCGAUCCCAGGGAGAGGGGAGACGUCCUUCUUAACAACGAAGGAAAGAACCGAACGACACUACGUGUGAGCCUUUACUCAGAAAGAAUCCAAAAUCUCGAAUACUUUCGACCGGGUCGGCCAAUUUUUCCCUGGAAAGAAGAAAAUUGGGAAACGACAAGCGCCCAAU